AUGUCGGAUGCUAGAGAUAGUUUUGCUGACCUCGAAAAGCACCGUCUACGGCUUGAAGAUAAUGUCAACCAGCUACAGAAAGCUCUGCAGCACUGGCAAACCUGGGAUGCCGAGUAUGAGGGACUCAAAGAGGAGGUUGAGGCGGUGACCGCAGCCGACGAAGCCAAAGAGCUGCAACGCAUACAUGGCGGAUUUGACGGCGAGCUCCUAAGUAGGACAGAGAUCGACGACAUCUUCGGUCAGCCGAAGCUAAAGACCAAGGACCAGAUCAUUAAUGUCCUUGAACGCCGUAUUGAUUAUGUAUCUAAGAAUAUUGAGACGCUGCAGAAGCAGCUUGAAACCGCCGAGAACAAGCACGCUGCCGCUACCGUCAUCAGUCAGCCUGACGAUACCGACGAAGAUGGACAGCCUAUCUUGGACAUUGUCGAGGAGCUGGACGACGAUGACAACGUUGUCUCAUUUCGGCUGAAUAAGCCCGGCGACUCAUUUGGAGACGUGGAAGCUCUUCUAAAAAAGGCCGGCAUUUCAGAUGAUUCGGAACCUAAGGCUGGGAAAAAAGAUACAGUCUCUGAGAAGACUGAGAAUAAAAGCAGUCCAUCCAAAAUCAAGGAACAAGUCCUUGAUUCUGUGGCUCCCCCUAACCUCCCUUCUACGAAACCUGAAUACACCCCUAAAAAAUCCGUAUCCUUUUCGGAAGACACAAAGGCUGCUGAAGAACCAGAACAAGAGCCUGAGAUAUCAUGGAGGGCAAAGCGUGUCAAAGAGAUUAUGAGCUCCGCCAAAGACCAAGAGGACAUUAGCAUGCAAGCUGCUGUUAUACCCAAAGACGAGUCUCCAGAAGACGCAGCCUUACGACAGCAGAUGCUGCGAUAUGGCAUGAGCGAAGUUGGAGCGGUUGUUGCCGAGCUUGAGCUUGAGGAAGGCGAUUCAGAAGAAGAAUCCGAGAUUGAUGAGGACUUUGAUGACGAGUUUGAUGAGGACGAAGAGGACGAUGAAGACCAAUACGGACGGUACAAGGGCAGCGUUGUAACGGACAAGUAUCGCCAGCGAAUGCUUCAACUCGAACAGAAACUUGGCAUCAAGUCACAAUCAUCAAUGUCUCAGCCUAAACCUGACGAGGCGGAGUCAAGCGACAAUGAUUAUGACGAAGGCAUUGGCCGCAUUCUGGUAAAACGAGAAGCCGAUACGUCAUCACCAUCUACCGUCUCGAAAUCGGCUCCAGUAAAGUCGAACCUCAAGGAGAAGCAAGUUGGGGACUCUGAGGCAAAGAAGGGCGUGCGUUUUGCGCCUAGUCUCGAUAUAGCUCCCGAAAUUGAGCCUUCUGCUCCUACGAUCAGCGAGGACAAGAAGGAUGUUGUAGAUCCUCUUAGCGAUAUUGUUGAGCGAUCUAGUUCUUCGAAACCAGCCCAGCCUCCGGCUCAGCCAGCAAAAAGAGCGUCACGGUUCAAGAAGGCCAGGGAUAAUACGGAUCCAGCAAGUGCUGUUCCCAAGGGACCGUUGGAUAUUCGGCCAAAGUUUAUGGAAGAGGAGCGACAGCAAGUGCCAACCGGUCCAGAAGGCACUACAAUUGCCGACACUCUGGUCGAGCGGGAGCCUACAGCUUCUGCCAUCCCUCCGGAUGAGGUCAACGAUGCCAUGACCCACCAAGAGGUUGCUGAUGAGUAUCAACGCAUGCGAAGAAAAUUCAUCCAGCGAGAAGGUGGGUUUCUCAAACCGGAUGAGUCUCCCAUCAAACCUGUACACGACGAGGAAAAUCAGGAACCCAUAAGCCGGUUCAAAGCAGCACGGCUUUCCCGCCAGUAG